CCCACUUUGUUUAUGAAGGAGUGAAUAAUUUCCGCAGCGGAUGAGCGGUGAACUGCAAAAAUGGAAAAAAACAAAAACAAAACAACCACUAAAAAUCAGUUCGAGCGGAUUGUGCUGCUUCUGGAGCAAGAGCCGGACAUAGCAAAGGGUUUCUCCCGAGGAAAUUCCGGACCCUUCUGGGAUGAUCUGGCGGCAGAAGUCAAUAGUUUGGGACCGCCUAUUCGCGAUGGAAGUGGAUGGAAAAAGGUUUGGGCGGACUAAGUCCGGAUUAAAGCGAAAACUCGCUCACAACAAACGGGAGCAGAGGGCGACAGGUGGAGGACCCAAUAAAAUUAUCAAUUUGUCCGAGCUGGAGGAGCAGGCAGUUCUACUAACUGGGUUACUUGCGACCGUGGAAGGAAUCCCGGGUACCUCAUCUCAUGGAACACAGUUGGAUUCGCCUUCGGGUGAACCUCAAGCUGCAGACCAGGAAAAUUUUAUAUAUUAUGGUACUUCCGACGAGUGUGACGGUAUCAAUAAUACCAUUCACUUCCAGCCCUCUCAGCCGAAAAAAUCCAGACCUUCUACCACGAGGCUAUUAGAGCUGCAAGUCGAGCAACAAAACAAAUUUCACACCAAUGUGAAAUCCCUGUUAAAAAACACAAACAAGAAUUUGAGUGAUCUGGUUCAUUAUCAGCGCCAAUCAGCUCGAGCGAUUCUUUCCGUGGAUGCCACACUCAAAGAACAUCUGAGUGAACAAAAACGACAUAACCACGAGAUGAGAAGAUCGCGCUGGAGAAAUCAAUAGUCAAGCGACAAAUCCUUGAAACGCAGAUUGCGUAUAUUUCAGAACAUUAGAAUAAUGUUUCAAAAUAUCAGUGAUCUGAUUUUUUAUCUUUAUAUUGUAACUCAAGUAUAAAAAAAUGAAAAAAGUUCUAAUCGUAUUUUUAUAUCUUUCCAUGGAAGAAAAAUCUUACUUAAUUUUUUCUUUGAAGUUUGUUUGGAAUAGCAUCAAAAUUAUAUAAACUUUUUUAAAAUUCACGAAUUUCGCCUAUAGUUUAUGGAACUUCCUUAACCCCUUCACGUACAACAUUGAACUUCACUCGUUGUUUCUCGAUGUGAAAUAAUUACAUAGCUUCAGGCAUAUGAUGAGGAUACCGACAACUGAAGAUUAUCAAAUUUCCGUUAUUUAAAAAAAAAAUUGAAUGAGCUAAAAAUAUAAAAUAUAAUUUGAAUAUUAUAAUUAAAAUAAAAACGAACGAGUUAGUACGUAGUAAUAACUCCUUCGUUUUUAUUUUAAACACAACAUGUAUUUGCUCAUCAUAGGGCACCCAUGUUAGAUACCCACACUCAGCAGAGUAGCGGAACGACUCGAAGUGCUCGUUUUGGGCCGUGCUGUUGGAAAUUAAAUCGUACAGCAAGGGGUUAAAACAACGCAAAAAGUAUUAAUAAUGGUUAUUUGAAUACUUGGCCUGCUUACGAGAAAUCGAUAAUGACAUGUUCUCAAAGUGUUGGCAGGAAUAAGAGUAAAUAAUUCUGCCGAAACCAUAGUUAAGUAAGGAAGACACUUCCUUUUCCGGUGGUUGUUAUUUAUUUGAGCAUUUGCAAACAAGUUAGAUGAAAUUUAACAGUCAUAAAUAUUAAUUUAAACAAAAGUUUAUUAUGUAAACAGCUACAUAACAUAUUAUAACUACUGAGAACGACCAAA